AAAUCUAGGAUUUCAUUAUUUUUAAGAAGUUUAAAAUUUUGUAGUUUAUAAGGUCAAUGACUGUGUAAGAAUGAAAUUUAAACUUAACCUCACAAAUGAACAUGUUUAUGUAAUUUAAUUUUUAUUGAUUCCAUUUUAAUUGCACUAAAAUCAUGGCAGGUCCUAAGGAUAACGUUGAGGAAGAUAAGGGUGAAAAGCUUACAUACGUAAAAGAUGAUUGGAUGAUAAGACGUUGUACGGUGUAUGACGAAGAGUAUAGCGAUUGUACAUCUAUCAGAGCAAGAUUUAAUCAAUAUUUUAUUUAUGGAAAAACAUUAGAUUGCAGCCAGUGGAAAAAAGAUUCCCUAAAUUGUUACAAGUGGACUGAAAACUACGACAUAAAAGCUGCUGAAGAGUUAAUAGAGAGUGAAAAACAGCGUAGAAGAGAAAGGUUGCUUCCACACUAUCAAAAUGAUAUUUGGGUAAAGCGAAAAACACCUCCGGAAAAUUGGGACAAGCCAUUACCGGAAUUUUUGCAAAAGGGAUAUGAAAACACAUAUUUGAACAUAAAGGCAAAAGAAUUGAGAGGAGAUAUACCACCAUCGUUUGACACUAAUAUUAAAUUUUGUACUAUUUUAUGAUGAAUAUUGUAAUUUUAAAAUAUUCAUGUUAUAGUCACUUUUUGUUUAUUUAACUGUAAAAUAUAGUUGAUUAUUAAAAAGGCAGGUUAGU